UAUACAAAGCUGUCCUACUUGGCUUGUAUACCAAUUGAAACAUUGUUAAUCUUGUUUGAGCCCUUGGCCGGCCUUGGCCAAUUGUAGGCACAAAUUCAGACCCCUAUGCGAGUCGUGUGUGCUAACAAGACCUGCUUUAAGUACAGCAUCAAACGAAGCAGUUGCGCCGUGUUGUGUGCGUGUACGCGUAGCCCUUUAAAAAAGGUUGGGCCACACAGGGAUGCCGCCGGUGGAGUGCCCAGGCAUGACACGAGGGGUGCACACGCUUCGGCGACUUCUGCCGCGGUCCUGGCGCACUGAGUUGUGGGCUGCACAGGGACCCGUGGCGCGCCACAACAGCAGUAGCAGUAGCCGCAGCAGCAGUGGUGCCGGCGCCGGAGCACCACCAGCAGUAGCAGUAGCAGCAGCAGCCGCCAGAGCGGGAGCGGCUGCCCCCGCCUGCCGCAGGGGCGCAUCUCACAAGCCCGCUGCAAGGCCACUUGCGCCUUCCAGUCCUUCCUUCUCCAGCGCCCCGACCCAAAACUCCGCCUGGCGGCUUUGCCAGUCGCCACAACACCUCGCUGCUCGGCCACACGCACCGGCACCACCGGCGCCGUCAGCCUCAGCGCCCACACGGCGGUCAGUAGCAGCAUUAGCUUCACCCACGCCAUCAACACCUGCAUCAACGUCAGCGGCCUCAACAGCACCAGCACCAACAACACCAGCAGCACCAGCACCAACAGCACCAGCACCACCAGCACCAGCAGCACCACUGCCAGCGGCUUCCCGGCCGGCGCUGACCUCCACGCCGCAGCUGCCGCUGUGCCGGCGGCCGGCCGCCCACGUGGAGCCGCUGGCGGCGGUGGCGCGCUGGCGGCAGGCGCAGGCGGAGCGCAUUGCGGCGCUGGGCGACACCUGGGAGCAGCGAGACGGCGGGCCAGGGGCGGAGCUACUGCUGCGGGAGCUGGACUGGGUGCUGGACGACGUCAUUGAGGCGGUCAGGUACGGCCCACCCACCACCACCACCACCGCCACCACCACCACCACCACCACCACCACCACCACCACCACCACCACCACCACCACCACCACGGCGGCGGCAGCGGCGGCCGGCCCCACCUCUCCCUCUCUCUCCCCUGCCAACGCCAGCACCGGGAGCAGCACCUCAGGCAGCGCGGGCGCGGGCGCGGGUGCGAGUGCGGGCGCAGCUGCCGCCCGCUCCUCCUCCGAGCUGUCGGGCUGGGAGGAGACCAGCUGGCGGCUGCUGGAGCCGGCGGUGCGGGCGGCGGCCACGCGGCGGCAGGACACGUCGGGCUGGCAGCUGCGGCUGCGCGAGCCCAGCGCCCUGCUGUGGGAGUGGUGGGAGCGCCGGCUGACGGAGCGUGUGCCGUUCCAGUACCUCAUCUCCUCCGCGCACUGGCACACCUACGUGCUGGCGGUGGGGCCGGGCGUGCUGGUGCCGCGCCCCGAGACCGAGGCCUUCCCACAGCUGGUGGCGGCGGCGCUGGCGCGGCGGCCGCGGCUGGCGGCGGCGCCGUGGGCGGACCUGGGCACAGGCAGCGGCGCCAUAGCCAUUGCCGCCGCGGACGUGCUGCGCAAGAAGAACAAGGCCGCGGAGGUGUGGGCGGUGGACGUGAGCCCCACCGCCGCCGCCUACGCCGCCUUUAACGCGGCCCUGGUGCUGGGCAGUGAGCCCAGCGACAGCAGCAGCACAACCACCAACAGCAGUAGCACAACCACAACCACUAGCAACAGUAGCACAACUACCAACAGCAGCGCCACCAGCUCCGGCACCAGCACCAGCACGGGCCAGGCCGCCCCGCGCCACGUGCGUGUGGUGUUGGGCAGCUGGUUCGCCCCGCUGCGGGCGGCGGGGCUGGCGGGGCGGCUGGGCGGGCUGCUGAGCAACCCGCCGUACAUCCCCCGGCGGCAGAUGCGGGGGCUGCAGGAGGAGGUGGGGCGGCACGAACCCGCGGGCGCGCUGGACGGCGGCGAGGGACCCGGGCUGGACAGCCUGCAGGAGCUGUGUGACGGGGCGGCGGAGAUGCUGGCGCCUGGCGGGCUAGUCGCGUUCGAGACGGCCGGCGGCGAGCAGGCGGACCUUGUGGCGGGGCUGUUGCGGCGGCAGCAGCAGCAGCAGCAGAAGCAUGGAGAUGGCGGCGGCAGUAGCAGCAGUGGCAGGGAUACUGCAGGGCCGGGCUCGGACACGCCUGCGUUUGUGGAUGUGGAGGUGCUGGAGGACUGCUACGGCGUGAGGCGCUUCGUGCGCGCGUACCGGGCGGACUGAACGGCGGCGGUGCCACUUGUCGAGCAGGUGGCUGCUGGGGGUGCAGGGUGUCGAGCAGGUGGCUGCUGGGGGUGCAGCGAUGGGGUUGGCGGAUCGGGAUAUGACCAAAUAACCGUAUUUUGUAGAAGGCCUAAGCGACCUUCUCGCCCUUAGUUGUAUUCAUAUCAUAAAACUACACAUCUACUUGCGCAGGCAAGCAUGGCAAACUCGUCGCAGCUCGCGAAGACCGCAGAGGCGCUGAUGGCUGCGGCAUUGAACGAGGCCUCGGCCGCGGCCUCGGGCGCAAGCAGCGACACCGUGGCCGAGCUGCGCCACAUCCACGGCAUUGCGAUCAAGCUGCUGGCAAGCCAGGAGGCGGCGACGGAGAAGCUGCUGGCGGGACAGGAGGCGAUGCGGCAGGAGCUCGCCGGGUUGCGGGCGGGGCAGGCAGCACUGCUGCAGGAGCUGGCGGCUGCGCGGCAGGCGGCUGCGCGGGAGGGGCGGGCGGCGCGCCUGCAGAGGGCUAUUCAUAUUGCCGCAACGCGUUACCCGAACGGCGAGAUCAUAUGGGUCCUGAUGGCUCUAAGCCGCGGCCUGACGGCGAUAGACAUGGAAGCCUGCCCAGGUUUCAGCCGAUUCAGUUCCGAGGAAUGCCGCACACGCCUGGUGAAUGACCUGGAGAGCCUGACGGGCCUGAGCUUCCGGCUAGAGAAGAAGGGGAGAAGCUGGUGCCUGCAGGAGCAGCAGAAGUAGCGGGGUGCGAGAGCACAAGGAAAGAAACACGCAGGAGUGGUGUGUGCGGCGGAAGGCGGAGACACGCGGCCAGGACUGGUGGGGCGGCGGCAAGUAAGGCUGGCUCGCAGCUAGCGGGGGAGAACCAUGCGGUGAUCGAUGGGGAGUUGACUGCCCGUCGCUGCAUGCCAUGCAUAGCAUACAAGUGGGCGGUUAUGAGGGGUUGGGAUGUAAUUGCUAUUGACCUAUGUAUGCAAGCCACUUGGCGCAACUGCUCCAACGGCCACGUGGGCAGUUGGCCUGGGCAGUUCAUUGGUCACCCGCACGGUCAGUUGUAGAUGCCAAUUUGCAGCACUGCCACACAUGUCCAAACACCACGACGUGCACAGCUGUCCUGAUGCUGUGCAAGGAAGGUUGCUGCUAGAAAGAGCGAGGCUGGCGGGUGGAUGGGAAGGUAGAGGUACUGCCCGUCUGCUCGUGUGCUUAAUUGGUGGGGUGAGGUGAGGUGUGAGCAUGGCGGGCGCACACACAGGCUUUGCCGCCGGCCCUGGCAUGAGGCGGGAUGGCGCUGCACCGCUGGCAGAAGGAAAGUUGGGGCGAGCUGUACGGUAGUUCAUGAGACAGGGCGCACCUGUCGGUGUCGGAGCUGCUUUGUAAGGUACGGUGGAU